AUGUCUGAACAAUGGGACACAUACGCUUUGAACAAUCCAUUCUACACACAAGUACAACAUUGUGCGGCGAAUCAUGCAAGUGCCCACAAUGGGCAACCUCAUGUUCCUUCCACAUUGGCUCGAGUACAACGAUGUCAGAACUUGAAAUGUUACCUUGGAAUCUUCGUGAAUAUCGACCUUCCUAUUUGUGCACAUUCAACUUCUCCUCCACCUGUGACUCAACUAAGGAGAUAG